UUGUUCAUGUGACUGCGUUGGCAUUGUCCCCCGCCGUUACUGUCCUCCGCCGUUUUCGUCCCCCGUCGCACGUCGUAGGGUCUACUUUGGUUAGUGAAUAUUUUACGACUUUUUCGCCGGCUACACCUGGGUGUAGCUAGGCAACAAAAAUGGCUUCCAGUAGUUCCGGACCUCCAGGAGGCCGGGCUACAAACCGUUACCGUGGAAGACCAACCCAACGGACCAGUCCAUUUUGGGCUGACCCACUGAGUGGUGAUCUUGAAAUUUUUCUAUUACGGGCCACAGGGGAAGAUACCCUCCCCUCGAACCCCUUUCUUGUAAGCAAGACAGUUGCCAAGGCAGGAUCCUUAGAAAGUGCAAGACCACAACGAGACGAUAAAAACCGAAUUCAAUAUGUACUCUCAGUAAGAGAAAAGGAUGUUAUCGAAAAUUUACUUUCAAUUAACAAGCUAAUUGAUAACACCCCAAUAGAAAUUAUUCACCAUCCGACUCUAAAUCAACGCAAAUGCGUUGUCACCUGUCGUGAAGUUCUAGAUUUAAAGGAAGACGAAUUGUUAAAAGAACUAGCCGAUCAAAAAGUGAUCGAGGUAAAGCGUAUCACCAGGAAAGAAAAUGAUUUGAUUAUAGCCACACCAACAUUAAUUCUGACCAUUCGUGGAACUGUUGUUCCUGAAUAUAUAAAUUUUGGAUUUCUUCGAGCAGGGACAAGGAAUUAUUAUCCAAACCCCAUGCAAUGUUUUAAGUGUUACCGCUUUGGGCACACAACAAAACGGUGCAGACGAAAUACUCCACUCUGCAAAAACUGUGGAAAAGAACACAAAAUAAAUAUUUCCGGAAACAAAAUUUGUAAAUCCCCUGAAUUUUGCGUCAACUGUAAGGGUGAUCAUACCUCAUCCAACAGGACGUGCCCAAUAUGGGUAAGAGAAAACAACAUAACCAGAAUAAGAGUAGAUGAGGGAAUAUCUCACAACGAAGCUAGGAAAAAGUAUGACCUCCAGAACAAUGGAAUAACCUAUUCCAGUGUGCUGCAGGACAGACUUAAUACCAUUCAAACAACAGUAGAUGGCUGCACUCAAUGCAAAUGCCAAUGUAAUUCCGCUAGACCCAAUCAGGAUAAUAGCCAAUCCAUUACUUCAGGCAAUGAAACGGAAAGCUCGGUAGAUGAAUCUGAAGAAGAUUCCGAAGAAUCAGAAGAAGAAGAAAUGGAGGUACCAAAGAAUAUAGAAUCUGAAGAGGAUAGACAGGACAUGCAAACCGAAGAGGAAUCAGAUAAUCCAAUGGAAUACAUUGAAAUUAGGAAUAAAAAUAAAAGGAAAAUCUCGAACAAAGGAAUAUCUUCUGAAGAACAUAAGUCUUCUGAUGAGGAAAACAAGCAAACCAAAGAAGUCCAACGAAAACGGACAAGGAACGAACAAACAAAUCAAAUAAAUGGAAGAAACAACACACACACACACACCAACAAUAAACACCCACAUAACAACAAUCAACAAUCACAAGCUAACACUCUAAACCACUCCACUCCAAAUAAAAAUAACACUAACACAAAUAACACACACACCAGGAAAGUUUCCAGCCCUCCAAAGGGUAAUAAUAAAAACAAAUAAAUUAUUACUUCU